AAAAAAGCAAGUUUUUUUUAUUGAAAUUUUACAAUCAAUUUUCUUUUUCCAAUUAAGCAUACUGGAUGUCGACAAAAAGCAUGGCUGUACAUGGUAGAAAUCUUCCAGACAAACCAUUUUCAAAUCUGUCAAAGAACCAUGAUGACGAUUCAAACAUCUUUUGUAAUCCAUGCGAGCAAAUCGGCAUCAAGGCACCGGGUUUUGGGAUCUGUAUGAGUUGCAAGGAACAUUUGUGCGAACCUUGUUUCGACAGCCACAAGAAACGCUCACGGUUUCAUAUGCUUUUGGAUAAGUUUAGUAUACCUAAAACAUUUCAUGCCCAGCUUAAACAGACCAAGGAUGAUGAAUUCACAACUCCCUGCUUUACUCACAAGAAAGAAAAGAUAAAGUUUUACUGCCAUGAUCAUGAUGAACUUCUGUGUAGUGUUUGUACUACCCUUGAUCAUCCACGGAAUUCUUGCAAGGUCAAUUACAUACCUGACGUAUCAGGCCAGAGUCUGAAUAGCAAGAACUUAGUAGAAAUCCUUGAAGCAAUGGACGAAGUGAUUGAGAAAUGUAAAGAUAUAUCCAGUGAUGUCAAGAAAAAGACAAACAUAUCCAACGAAGCUUUGACAGACGUCUUGACUGAAAUAAAAGUGUUCAGGUUAAAAAUUAAUCAAAGAUUAGAUGAAAUCGAAAGGGAAGCUGAGAAAAAGAUGCAAGUAAUAAAACUGAAGAACGAUUCUAAUCUAAAAAGAAUGGAAAUCAUAUGUAACAAUGUGAAAAUGAAGUUGACAGAAUCAGUUGACUUAUUAAAACAACUCAACGACUCUAAACAAGCUGAUAAGCUCUUCGUCGAACUAAAAACAGCAGGGAAACUAGUUAAAGAUAGCAAGAAGACGUUGUUACAAUUUCGUUCCCAUAAAGACAUCCGGGAGUACCAUUUUCAGCCCAAUCAAGAGUUACUAGAUAGUAUCCAAAAAGAAAAUGCCAUCGGAAAGAUAACAUCUGUUUUUCAUCAAGAAACAAUAGAUAUCAAGACAUCCCAAGAUAAAUAUAAAUGCUGGGUAACGGGAAUGUCUUUUCUUACGCAUUCCAAAUUCAUCCUUGCAGACUCUGGUAAUGUUUCGAUUAAGUUAGUUGACUUAGUCUCAAAUUCCACGAUUCAUCAUCUAAAAUUAGAAACCGCGCCUUGGGACGUCACCUGUGUAACAUCAGAACAAGCAAUUUUCACGCUGCCAAACGAAAAGUCAAUUCAAUUUGUAUCUACUUCUUCAAAUAAACUUUCACUGAAACAAAAACUAAAGGUUGAUGGGGAGUGUUAUGGCAUAAGUCAUUGCCAAGAUAAACUUAUCGUUACAUUCUGCUACCCUGGUAGAGUCAAAAUUCUCAAUAUGAAAGGUAAAAUACUGUCUGAAAUGAAAGCAAGGUUUGGGCAUAUUGGGCAUAUUUUCAAUCUUCCAUUUUAUGUGACAUCCAACAGCCAGAAUAUAUUUGUAUCUGACGCCGGGAAGCAAUCAGUUUUAAGGUUUAACUGGAAUGGUGAGAAAACCGGCUCUUAUAAUGACCUGGGAAGCUGCAGAGGUUUAAGUCUCUCACCAGAUGGCGCUUUAUUUGUUUGCAACCAUGGCAGUGAUGAUAUUCAUCACGUAUCACCGGAUUUCAAAAGCGGUUUAGCCAUCGUGAAGUCUUUGGAAAUGCCCAUUGUUGUAUGCUGGAGUGAAACAAGCAGGACAUUUUACGUCAGUAACGAUAGCACGAAACACAAUUUGAACUCGAUCCAAAGCUUCAAAAUGGUCGAAACAAGCUAAUUAUAGAUUAUCAUAUUUAUUUAUUAUGAACGAUAGAAAGUGGAUCUUUAAACGUCUGUUUACAUGCUACAAGGGUCCGUGCUCGAGUAGCUAUAAUCGUUGGCUUCAAACCACUUGCCCCGCAACCGCUGUAUGUUCGAAUCCCGCCAGGGAAUUCGAAUUACUAGUACUAGUAUUUCAUGUUAGGAAGCUAUCCAGCUAGAUUACGAAACAUCGGUGGUUUUAUAUUCGGGUGCCAACUCCUGCCUGAAAUAAAACACAGAGGGGCACCUGAGGUCUUCCUCCGCCGGUAAAGCUGCAAAGUCGCCAGAUGACCUAUACUGUGUUGGUACUAGGUAAAACCCAAUGAAAAUAAUAAUAAUACAUGACUCAAAAUGAUAGGAAAUUAGGUUGCUAUUUUAUUGAAAGAGAGUAUUGAAGUUCUGGUAUAACAUACACUAUUGUACAUCUUGCAUUUUUAAACUUAAUGAAUUGUACUUUUACAAUAGAAUCUCAAUCAUACAAAUUUAAUUGUGUCUUUGCUAUAAACCAAUUUUUCUUCUAUUUGUCUGAUAGAGGACAUGGAUUUUUAAACAAAAACGAAUUACA